UCACAGACAACAAGACAUAGUUCACGGGUUUGCUGACGGGCAUGGCAGACAUGUGAAAUAUGUGAGGUGUUGGGUGCUCAGCUCCUGAUGUUAUGAUGGCUGAUGCCGAUGAGUCACAGAACAGGGAUCAAGUUAAUCAAGGAAAGGAUCAAGAAAGGUUUGAUCGGGAGGAAUACCAGCUAAGAAAACGCCUACCAAGAAAGCUUCCGAGACGACCCAAUGAUGUUUACGUGAACAAGAAAACUAACUUCAAGGCCCAACUGGUCCGCUGUGAGCGAUUGUUCGAGAAGGGGUACAACGAGCUUUUCAUCCACGGCUUGGGCGCUGCCAGUCCGCGGGCCAUCAAUCUGGCCCUGCAGUUGAAUGUCAACCACCGCGACACGCUCUCGCUGGCCGUCAACACGUCCACACAGCGCGUGGUGGACGAUCUGAUCCCGCACGACGAGACGCGGCCGGCUCGUGCUCAGGUGCGCGGCGUCAGCGCCAUACACAUCCGCCUGGCCAAGACACUGCUGGUGUGAGCCCCGCCUGGACCGCGG